AUGCGCCGCAUUGCUGCCCAUCAUUCAGGCACCGUCAUCUUCGUGACUGACCCGGUGGGCUUCUACGCGAUGCAGCACCACGGGCGCGGGCUGAUCUGUUCCUACAAGCAACCCUAUGAAGCGUUCCUAAAGGAGGCGACAGCCGCCAGUCCUCCGUCGGCGGCCAUGUCGUUCCGCGUGGAGAAACCGGGAAAGAUGCCAUUCUUCGAGUAUGAUGAGCUGGUUUCGCCACUCACCUACCUUGGUGGCUCUAGCCAGCCGGAACUCGACAGUGGCAUCGACUGGCAUCCCUCGCAUCGCUUC